AUGUAUGCGGGUAUACCCACAUGGUUUAGUAUUAAGCUACAUCACGGUGGGAAGUUCACUAAAAUAGCUGAUAAAAAGAACAUUGGAGGUGAAGUGUGUUAUAUUGAUUAUGUGGACAUAGAUGAGUUCCCUGUACAUGAACUGGAUGCCAUAAUGCUUGACCUAGGUUAUCCAGACCCACGAAUGACUGGAGUAGUUGAUGUCUCAGACUCCCCAGUGAUAUACUACCAUUUUAAUAUACCUAAUGGCGACUUUCAAUUUGGACUUAGAGCUUAUGCAAAUGAUCAAGAUGUUAUCAAUCUAUCUAAAUACAUUCCACAUAACAAGUUGAUUGAAGUGUACACAAAACAUGGGAAGACAAAUUUAUUGACUUGCUUCAUGUCUCCAAAUGCAAAGGGUAAAGUUGUGAUUGAGGAAUUAACUGAAAAUGAUGAUCAAGAGGCUGAAGUUCAUGUGGAAUCUUCAUUGAGAAAUAUGAACCGUGUUAAUGAUGAGCCUAUUGAUGAUAUUAAUGAAUUAAAGGAAAAGAUUAUCGAUCAGGAUGCUACAACAUGUGUCAUGGAUAAUAUUGGGGAUGAGAUGACUGGUGUUCAAGAUCCUAUAACUAUUGAUCAAGGAUGCUACAAGCAAGAUACUUUAAAACUUGAUAAUAUUGAGGAUGAUGCAAAGUAUGAAGAAGAUGAUGCAGAAUAUGAAGAUGUGGUUUCAAACUCUGAAGAUGUUGAUGUUCUAGAGAAAGUGAAACACUUUGAAGAUGAAGAUAAAGUGGACUACAUAAUAGAUGAGGAGUUUAGGGACCACUUAUGGAGGUGUGCAUCAGAACCCACCAUUCCUAAAUUUGAGCAUUUGAUGAACGAUUUUAGCUAG